AUGCCAACAUGUAGCAUUUGUGAGUCUAUUCAUUCCUCUGAAAAAUUUAUACUUAAUAGUAGCAGCCACAAAACUUGUAAUAAAUGUAGAUUUACAAGAACUGGAAAAAAAAGUAAAUUAAUUAGUAGCCUUAAUAUUGAAAAUACUUUUAUCAAAAUAAUUCUUAUACAAGAAGUUAGUCAAUAUAUCAUGAAUACAAUUAAUGACUUAGAAGAUUGUGUUAAACUUUUUCUUGUCUUUUAUAUUCAGCUUAAUAAAGCCACGAUAAAUGAUGCUGAUUCAAAUGUCAAAACUAUAGCAAAAUUAAUAAUUGAUAAAAUAGAAGAGGAAAUAGUUACAACUGAACAUAUGUAA